AUGGGGUUGCAGGGUGGUUACACCAAGUUUCCCUGCCAUCUAUGCCUUUUCGAUAGCAGGAAUGAUGAUCUGCACUACAAAAUUCGUGACUGGCCAGCUCGGAAAGAGUUUACUAUUGGAAUAAACAACGUGAAGUGGGCUCCGUUGGUUCAACAGGAAAACAUACUUAUGCCGCCCUUACACAUCAAACUAGGGCUUAUGAAGCAGUUUGUGAAGGCGCUACCUGCCAACUCAGAACCGUUCAAGUUUUUGAAAACAUCGGGUGUUUUUACAGGACCCCAAAUCAGGGCUGUUUUUUCGAAAGAUGAAUUUAAAAAAAUGCUAAACAUGGACCAGAAAAACGCGUGGACAAGUUUUCAGGCUGUCGUGGAUGGGUUUCUAGGAGGGAAAAGGGACCCUAAUUAUAAACAAUUGGUCGAAACCAUGUUGAGAAACUUCAACAAGAUGGGGUGUAGAAUGUCGCACAAGUUGCACAUUCUACACUCCCACCUAGAAGUUUUUAAAGAAAACUCAGGUAGAUAUUCUGAAGAACAGGGGGAAUACUUCCACCAAGAAAUAAAAAAAAUUGAAGAACGAUAUAAAGGCCAGAAUAACCCAAUAAGUAUGAUAGGAGAUUACGUUUGGAGUUUGACAAGAACAACUAAUGAAUGUUACAAGCGGCAAUCUGGACCUAGUUCCGUUUUUGUAAGCCCUUGAUUUUUAUGUGUCGAUUUAAAUGUUCGUAUUGUUUUCAAAAUGUAUUCUUUUUCAUUUGAUGUAUUCCACAUUUUUUUCUUUUUAUAUAUUCUACCAUUUUAAGUCAACUGCCAAUAAUAAAAGUAAGAACAUGAUGUCAAUAAUAAACCUUUGCUUGAAUGAAAUUAAAUA